AUGUCUAAAACAAACAAUGUUAUGGUUAUGCCUAAAAAUGUUCCUACUGAUUUUGUAAGUGGUGUUCAAGAGGCAACAAAUAUUAUGGAGGAGCAUGUUGAAAGUCAUACUAAUGGGUACAAAUGGUCUCUCAAUGACUUUGAUAUUGGAGUUCCCUUGGGUCGUGGUAAAUUCGGGAGGGUUUAUUUAGCACGAGAAAAGAGAACCAAGUAUAUCGUUGCCUUGAAAACAUUGUAUAAAAUUGAGUUGAUUCAAGGGCGCGUGGAAAAACAAGUAUUGAGAGAAAUUGAAAUUCAGUCCCAUCUCCGUCAUCCAAAUAUUCUACAAUUGUUGACGUAUUUUUCGGAUGAAAAAAAAAUUUAUUUAGUUCUUGAAUAUGCAGCUCGGGGUGAAUUAUACAAUUAUAUGAAAAAACAGCCAGGUAGAAGAUUUAAUGAGCCUCUGUCAGCUAAAUUUAUUUAUCAAGUUGCUGAUGCUCUGGAGUACUGUCACAAAAAUAAUGUAAUUCACAGAGAUCUGAAGCCUGAAAAUUUACUGCUAGAUUUCGAUGGAAAUGUUAAAUUAGCCGACUUUGGAUGGUCAGUACAUGCACCAACAUCAAAGCGUAACACUAUGUGUGGAACAUUAGAUUACUUACCACCAGAAAUGAUUAAUGGGCAAUCUUACAACAUUUUUGUUGAUAAUUGGUGCCUUGGAAUUUUGUGUUAUGAAUUUUUGGUUGGUGAACCACCAUUUUUGAGUGAUAAUCAACACGAGACUUACAAAAAAAUUCGUACGGCUGAUAUAAUAUAUCCUCUUCAUAUUUCACCAGAAGCCAGAGAUCUUAUAUCUAAGGUAAACUAUUAA